AUGGAAGCGAAUUUCAAACACCUCCACCCUGAAUGUGUGGUUGUGCAAAAAGGCAAAGAUGUUUCAUACGGAACGGAACAAAUCGGUGCUAAAAUGAGAAGAUUCUUUGAAGAAAAUCAGCCAAAAAACAUUAAACGAUCGAACGCUACCUACUGUGGCUGGUGGAAUGUUGUAUUAUGCGCUGUGUUUGUCGAGGUUAGUUUCGACACACCAAAUGGACCGGCAAAAAGUUAUUGA